UAGUUGUAUCGUAUAUUAUUUAAGAAUCAAAACAAUGGUUCGGCGUAUAUUAUGUGUUGCAGCUAUUGUUAGCAUUUCGUAUGGAUUGGUCCUCGACGGUGACAAUGUGCCGCAGAAUAGAAUGGACGCUUUGGAGUUUAUGUUGGUGGAAGAGAAACAGUUGAGGAUGAAACUAGAAGCAAAAGUGACUGAUCUCACGAAUAGAAUGUCAUCUGUGGAGUCUUCCCAAGACCAGUGUGUGUGCGGUGACGGUACUGGUUCCCAAACCAGAAGUCAGCCAUCUUUCAUGGCCUCCAUGUCUCACCAUAUGGCUCACUGCGGUGUCCAGCAGCCCGUUAUUUUCGAUUCAGUUAAACUGAACAAAGGGACAGCUUACAGUCCGACACAUGGCACGUUCACGGCUCCUGUGAAUGGAACUUAUGCAUUUUUUGCGACCUUAUCAAUCCCUCCUAACAACAGCUUCCAUAUCCGAAUGGUAAGAAACAACGUCGCAAACGAAGUCGGGUUGUAUCUUCACGCAGAUCAUCUCGGGAUCUGGAUAGAAAGAAGUAGCAAUGUCGUACUUGAGCUCAACAAGGGUGACGAAGUAUGGAUGGCUUGCAUGUAUGACUCGCAGAUUCAAGGAGAUUACCAUCCGGGUACAACCGAUCCGACAGAUUUCAUUUCACAUUUUUCUGGUUUUCUUGUUAAUUAAAGGUGAAUACCACCUUUUACAGAUUAUAAUUAAUUUAAAAAAAAUAUAUCAGCUAUACAAAAAGCUGUUAC